AUGGCGUUCACCUUUGGAACGACACCGUCGUCGUCCAAUAACUCUACUCCAAUUACCGGGCAAGGUACUGGAUUUUCUUUUGGAGGAGGUGACGGGGGACAAAGCGCUCCGGCAUCAACGAAUACGCCAGUAGGCGCUCCUUUCACGAAUACAGUCUCCGGGGGUGGAGUUGGAUUUUCUCUUGGUUCUGCUGCAACGGCGACUCCCGCUUUCACGGGUGCUUCUUCUUCGAAUGAAGCGUCAGCGCCAAGUACGACGACUGGAUUCUCGUUUGGCGCAAGCGGGACGGCAUCUAGCAUCGGGGCCCCAUCCAGUUCCGGUACGCCCGCAACGAGUGGUAACCAUGCAUUCGGUUUGGGACCCCAGAGUGGGGCCAGUAACACUGUCCCUGCCUUCCAAAGUGGUUCCGCGCCAACGCCUUCAUUGACUUCGAAAUCGACAUCUACAGCUUCGGAAGGACUCAGGGUGCCCAAAUACGAACACAUAUUUCCGUGGCAAGCAAUGUCGGAAAAGCUUGAGGAGUUGGUGUCCACAGCGUUAGAGGACACGGAAGACGGUGUGUUGGCGGGACAAGCUCUCGCACUAUUGAUGGCGGACGGGAAAACUCAAUCGCAUCUGACUGAUGUAUCGCCUAUUGUGUACUGCAACAGUCCCAACACCGCUAUUCGUCAACAGCUCCAGCAACGUCCGUUGGUAUACUUGGAAAGCAAUCAACAAGAAGCCUCUUUAACCGAGUCGAUGUAUCACGAUAUUGUCAAGCUCUCCGAUGACUUGAAACUGGACGAAACUCAUGUAUUGAGCUUGUACGCACACAUGAGCGUCGAUCACGUUCGGGCCGAACUAGAGUCUCGGUUCGGUGUACCGGACGAGGCGUUGAUGCGAAAUAUUCCUUUGGCCGUCGAAACCUUGUACUGGCAUGAACAAGCCUUACCGUUGAUAACGCUACGAUCUCUACUUCAACAUCGUUUGCGGGCCGAACCUGGACAUGUGGUCCUCCAGGUGACGGAUGACCUGCUACAGGAUAAGCUGUGGCAAUCCUUGUUGGAAUGGGUACGCGUUGCCACACGGCGUAUAACCGAAUGGAAUGCCGAACUAAGCCGUCUCGAGCCACCAGCUACGCACGGCACGUCUCCACAGUCAGCACACGCCCAAACAUUAUCCCGACACGCACGAUUUCACGUGGAACAGCGACAAUUAGCGGCCGAAUGCCUUUAUUUUUGGGCUUACUUCACUCAACUCGAAGCGACCGAAGUAGCUGCCCUCAUUGAUCUCGCGAAGGAACUCUCCAAUGAGUUGCCGGUACUGGAUCCCUACAUAGAUGUACCAUCACCCGUGAUUGCGUCUGAUCCCACUGCUGUAUCGAGCCCCUGGCGUCCGUUUGGAACGACGAUGCAUGCGUUGGAGAAGGAUCCUCUUACAUGGCAACGCGAACUGAUUCAACAGACCUGUAAGACAACACACGUGGAUCGACUGCAAGUCAUUUCAACCUUGGUGGUAGCCAUUUUGACUAGUUUGGAUAGCCGGGGCUUGAAACACAAUCGCAAGACGCAUUGUGCGAAUGACUUUGGAACGUCUAGCUCACUUUUGCUUUCUUCGCAGGGAAACGCUCUGUUACCUCCGAACUCAUCUACGAUCGACUCCCUGCAUCCGAUUCACCAACGAUUGUCUCAAAAUGCCACGGACGGAUGGAAGCGCAAAGAUAUUUUUGGACUACUGGCUUGCUCCUUCGCACUACUGUUGCAGUCGACUCCAUCCGCGGUCGCAUCUCCUCGAGCCGGACCUGUGUCGCCUGGCAGCAGUAUCGAUAUCCGUAAGGCCUUUCGUGAAUCGCUGAAAGCACCGGAGACUCUGGGAUCUUUUACCAUGGCUCGUCUUACGUUGCUACCAGGUCUCCGUUCCCCGUCCCUUCUACCGAGCCCAGCUUGCGAUGCGGUAGAAUUUUACCUCGCUACGUUAACCGAAUUUGUUUCGUUUUAUCUAGAAGUCUUGGAUGACUCUGGCGAUCGCCCAAUCUCGAAAGCAAAGUGGCUGCAAGAUGCUGAGGAGGAUUUGCGGUUACGUCGUACACACGACGACCACAUUCGCCAGUUUGAAACGUGGGCUGGGGGCCACACGUCGGCUGGGUCACAAAGGACCUCAAUUGCAGAAGUCGAUUUGGGUUCACGGCCCGAUUGCAUGGACGAUGUGGUUGCUUUGGCAGUAUCUGUGUGCGCACUGGGACCAGAAUACGCUUUGCCAUUCUGGUCGACGGCCGUCGAUCAAGAGAAGGAUGGUGAAGAGAUUCAGAAACUGGUUCCAAGCAAUGCCUUGAAAGGAUUAGAACGACAACAAUCAGAGGACGAUACGUUGCGCGCUCCAUAUCUUUCUAUGCUUUCAGCCUUGGCUUUGGCGAAGGAUGAGUUUCAAGUCACAAUGGACGGUGCUACUGCCGUUCAUCGUAUUUUGUCGCACGACAGAAACACCGGCGUCAAAGGACAUACGUGGGUGACGUUGAUCGAAAAUUUGCGGUGGUAUGCGCGAGAAUUGGAUCCGCAACAAUACGGCUCCAACGUUAGCAAGUACGGCAAGAACGAUAAGGACUCUUCGAAUGGCACUUCGACGCAGUACUACUACUAUUCUGAAAAUUUGGACGGGUCAGAACGGCAAGAUUCCGAAGAUACGAACAACGACCCUACUUCGACGCGUCCAAAGGAGCUAGGCGAGGAUAACACAAACUUGUUGCUAUCGAUUCUCGCAACAAUCUCUAAUGUCGGUGAACGAUGCCCUGAGGCACGAGAGACUGUUCUGUCCGUCAACAUUCCGGUUUACAGUUCCGACGGCAACGAAACAGUAGGACAGGAUUCAGCCCUGAUGAUUCUUUUCACGCUAGCAACCAUGCCCGUCGCACCGGGCAUUCGAGGUGCCAUUUUCUCGACCAUUGCAAGUCUGCUUAAUGAUGAUGCUUGCCACGAAGGACAAGCCAGACGAAUCCAGGACUUUGCGCUUCAGGGAUGGGAGACUCUCGACGCGUGCCAGAUUCUUCCAAUCUAUCUCUUGGAACAGUACCCCACCUUCCGUGAUGCCGAAUCGAAGAGCUUUCCCGGCUUGGCGUUUCCACCAUCUUCGACAGGAUAUGUUGACGACAAACCUGGGAAGUCUUGGAUACCUGCCAACUCGAUGUACGCAAUUAUUUACGAGUUAGAGUUCGUAGAAUCAGUAAUGGGCUUCUAUCCGUCUUCUGAGGGAUUACUGAAGCUACUCAAUGCGCUCUUCCAAGUCGGGGGAUGUCCAAAAGGCUUAGGAAAAGCACGACGAGUACGACCAGGGUGUUCGCCAUAUAUCGAGUUUGCCUGUCACUUUAUCUUGCCCCGAGCGACUGGUAGGUUCGGGGGUUUGGGUAAGCUACCUUUCCGAUCUUUGGAAGACGAAAGCCGUCUUGUGGCUCUUGCACUGGAAUUAGUCAAGACCGUUUUGACGCAUUACAUUUGUCCGGUCAAUAUAUAUGGUGAUGCUGUUGAUGCAGCGGACAAGAGCCAAUACAUGUCCGCUGCCCAGUCAGCCGCCAAGCAAGCGCUGCUGCACUCUAGACUCGUGAAAAGUCUGGUUCAGGUGCCGCUAGUCGGCGAUGCCAAGCACUUUGCAGAAGACUUUCCGUCCCAGGUUCCUGACCAGGUAAAGACAGCGGGAGUUUCGGUUACCUCCAAAAACAAGCCCAUGCCGAUCAGGAGUCAUGACUCCAUCUCGGCUUCUGUUCCUCGAACGCAAAGCCCUGGCUUUCUUCUUUUGGUUGAAACCCUCUCAUCGAACCAGGGCGAUCUUUUCAAUUCUCUUGUUGCUGUUGUUUCGCAAUCUCAGACAAUGAACGCGUUCGGAAAGAAUAGCGAUUGCAAUUCGAAGACGUACGCGCUUUUUGGAGCAAAGCGCACCAUAUUAACCGGCAAAUCUAAAGAGCAAGUGUCUUCUUUUGCAAACAAAUCUAAUUUGAAACAACUGGAGCCGAACGGAGUUGAUUUAAGCUACGACCAGGCCGUAUAUUGGCGGGAACGCUCUGUCAUCUUGGCGUUGGAAUGCAUGUGUGCAGUGGUGGCGCGCGAGGGCUGUAUGUACCAGGCGACAUCUACUUUAUCAAGCACAUCAAUAAUUGUGCCUGUCAUUCACUUCCGGAGAAAGGCAGCUGGUUCGUCUCGUCUCAAAUUUUCCGAUUACGAGCUAACCACAUUUGCUGACUUGCUGGUCUCCGCCGAAACCGAUACAGGGGUUGUUUCUUCGAUUGUUAGCCUGGUUGGGUACAUCUCAUCAAACGAGUCCCGCGAUCUACGCAUCAGCACUGCAGCGGUUUCGCUGGUGCUAUAUGUCGAUCGCUCCAUUCGAAAUGGUUUUGGUUCGAUUAUAGGAAGCAGCCCUUCCAAGCAACGGGCCCUAUCUCGGGCUUUUGCACACCGAGUCUUGCUCUCCUCGCAGACGGAUCAAGCUCAAGAUAUGGAGCUGCUUCGCAUUGUCUGUGAACGCAUUUUAUUAGACCUACGUCGACCUUCUCAAGAGCGUUCCCCUUUUGCCGGGAUUCUUUUGGGUUUGUCGAAUGAAGACUUGGCUCCAGAUGAGAAAUCGCCAAACGAUUGCUUCGGGGCCUUCACUCAAAUUUUAAAGAAAAAAGCCUUCGUGACAAGCAGCAAGUCAGGAGAACUUGCGGCUAGCAUAUUCGAGAUUUUCUUUCACUUGUGUAACUACGCCGAAGCGAAUAGUGGCGACGCCAAAAUGAUGUUGAAGUCAUCUUCAAAGCUGAGAAAGGCAGAUUUCUGGCUUGCUCAUCUUUCACUGAUACUUUCCAAUGUAUCGUCUAUAGGGACUUCCUCUUCCCGGCUAAACACUUCCGUUUUUCAUUCAAUUGCAUGGAUUUUGAAAGGUAUUGCAAACGAACUGCGUCUCCUAACAGAUUUUUCCGGUGUUUCUACUGUACAAGACUCAUUUCUGGGUCCACAGCCAAGCAAAUACAGGCGUAUUGUGUCGGUGUUGUGCAAUGAAAACUCCAGUCUGCUCCUUCGACUUCUGGAUGUCAUGCCGAUUCGGCGACUGUACCAAAACACAGUUAUCGUUGCACCUACAGAGGAAUCAGUAAGAUUCGUAAAGAAAGGGCUAUAUGGAGCUCCUUCGGUUGUAAAUGGGUACGACGUUGUUGACACUGAACGACUAUUGGUGUCCAUGAAACAGACUAAAGAAUCCAUCGAAGAGGGAUUGCGAAAUUGGUGUGAUCACUGGAACUUGUCAGUUGCAAGAGACUGUGCCUCCGCCCAUUGUUCGGAUGCGCUUAGAAUUGUGCUGGGAACAAUCAACAUAGCUGACACCACCCUGGGAAUUAGGACGACUGACGACAAUGUGAGGUCUGUGAAGCUACUUUUGAAUUUGCUCGAGCUAGUAUCAUCGAGUGGCCCCUCUUCUUCUGCUCCUCGUGACAUGGAUAUGGAUGUGUAUACAACAGCAACGCGCAAUCUUGCUCUUGCCAUUUUAUCCACGACCGAGCUCGUGUUCAAGUCCGCGUCUAAAGCCGUUUCGGAUACCCCUGGCUGCGCUACUCUCCUUGCCCGUGCAAUCUGUCAAUCAGGCUUCCACCUGGGAGAGGGACCUGACGCAUGUCGGAGAAACGAACGAACAGCAAUUUUGGCAAAUGCUCUUGCUUGCAUUCUCCGUCGUUUUUCCGAAGAGGAUACGUCGAAAUGUAGGAUCGAAGACUUUAGGAACGCUGCACUUGUUCUGUCUCGCCUAUCUACCUUUUUGCGUGCAGGAGAGAUACCGCCAACUCAAGCGGUGCUUGCUCGAUGGUGCCUAUCGGCUAUCUUGGGGCUCUUCGCACGCCAAGACACAUCAAGGGAGCUUUCUUUUGUGCAAUCUGUCCUGACCGACCCCAUUCGUCCUGGUGCAAUGCAUUCGACUGCCACAAUCAUGAUCAAGGCUAUUUCAUCCCGUGACGUCGAUAUGGCGCUGUUGCUACAAAAAAUUGCCCUUCUUCCAUUUGGAGGAGUCCUAGAAGCCAUGUAUGAUGUCGCAAAAUAUUAUUUCUUCGAAGAAGCUAAGUUUUUGAAAGAUGAAAACGCGAGUACUAUGAUGUAUCAGCGCACCGAAGUUGGCGUCCCAUCGUUUUUGAUUGGUCAUCUCGAAUUGAUGAUCUCUUUGUUGUUGUCUGGCAUUGAGGAAACUCGGAAACUCCAGAUUGCUGUUGAGGUAUUGCAAAUUAUACAGUUGUACCAGCCAACCGUGAAUAGACUCCUAUCGGGCUUUCCGGUAGAUGGCGAAGUUCUCGAAACCUUUUAUCGCACCUACUGUCAAGCAAAGCUUCUUAUUGACCAAGGAGACAAAGGUUUUAGAAAAUCCACUAGCUUCUCUAAUUGUCCACAGAUGGAUGAGUACACCGAGUACGAAAAUGGUCUUGUGCAUUUAACAAUGCAUUUGGUGGAGUACCCCCUACCGAGAUCCAUGUUGACAUCGCUUCCUGCUCAUCUAGAGAAACAUCCCAGUCAAGCGGCUUUGCAGAUCGUGGAAAACUCUCUUCAAACGGUGAAAUCUUGGUGGAGUAGUCUUGACAUUGAAGUGCAUGUUUCGAGUUCUGAGUGGCUGAGUGAUUCCGCAGGGCUUGCCUUGAGUGACAUGAUUUGUGAGCUUGCCUCCAGGGGAGGUGAUAUGGCCCGUGUUGGAUUGAGCUUGAUCCGGCGGUCUGAAUCUAACAGCAUUGCUGACGUGCAAAGCCUAUGUAGAGGUUUGACUCGUUGCUCGUACGGUGUUCGAGUACGUAUUUCAGCCGCUUUCCAAUCUGAAUUUUUUGGCACUUUUCUUCUGCUCAUAUUCCUUUUCCACAGCUUGUAGAAAGCGUCAUCGCGCAACCACAUACAUUUGCACCGCAGACCAACAAUAAAACGACCCUCUUCGAAAUUUUUGUCAAAAUAUUGGUUGAUCUCUUGUUGAUCACCAUCAAAAGUGCUCGUCGUAUCAAAGAGCAAACCCACGGAGGCUUUGGAAAAGACUUCGACUUUUUCUGCAUGAUAGUCGGGAAAACAUUGGACCAUACGAGACUAGAUACGAUUGUGAGUUGCAGUUUCGUGUCCAAUCAUCUAUCAUCUUCAUUUUUGUUUUCUAAACCACACACUUGUCUCGUUUUCCUCCCAACAGAUGCUGGGAGAGAGCCCUGUUUCAGGCGACGAGAAUCGGCCCACCAAAAUUAUUUUUCUUGCUAGAGCGCUGAGAAAAGAGAUCACAAGUUGACAAAUGCGGUAGUACCUGUCGACUGCACGGAUGAAGCUGACGACUCGCUUUUUGUAGACUUGCCAUACCCCUCCUUCAAAUAUAGCUCAAAUCCUUUUCCUUUCACUAUUUUACUUGCGUCUUUAUCUUGCGAUAGGCAUCCGUAAUUAUUUUGGAUCGUUCCGUGGCCCGUUCCCUGAGCGCCUCAGACGCGCCUGGACCGAUGGUAUCGGGAUGCCAUUUUAGCAUUUCUCGGCGAAAGGCAGUUGAAAGUUCCUUCUUGGACGAUCCGCGAGAAACACCGAGAACAGAAUACGGAUCCUGCG